CGGGACGCGAUGUGCGCGAUAUGCUCGGGCUGCCUGCUGCCGGCGGUGAUGCGCCAAAGGCAGUAGGUCCAGCAGCAGUGGCGGCGCAGACACAGAAGCGGUCAAAGCCUGCAGGAGGGAGCAGGAAGAUACGUACGUUUGGCAGUCCUUACGUCUUUCCUUGGGAAAUCGUCAAAAGGUCGAGACUGACUCUCAUUCGACCAGAGGGCGUUGCGCGCGAGGUUGCUGCGCUAUAUGGCGAACGCCCACCGCCUGUCGCCGUCUACGAGGAGAAGAAAGCGUACCGGGCAAAGAGACAGAGCACAGGGCCGGCGAAGCGAUGGAUACAACAGCCGUUUACGAACCCAGCGCGCAGCGAUGGCCUCGUUCUGAAGCAUUGGCGGCGCAAGCCGACGACCGCACCGCCCGUACAAGAAGCCGACGACGCGAUGAUGCAGGAAAGCGACACCGCCGACAACUACCUCGAACUGUGCGCCGACUACGCCAAAUAUGACAUCAAGGUAGACAUGCCCGGCUUCACAGAUGAGGAAUACGACCAGUACCUACGGAGUGACGACUGGAGCCGCGAGGAAACAGACUACCUAUUCGAGGUAGUGAGAGACUACUCGUACCGCUGGCCUGUGAUAUGGGAUCGCUAUGACUACAGGCCAUCGCAACCACAUCCACCAGAAACUGCCAACGGCGAGGACCAAGCACUAGCCACGAUGCCUUUUGCGCCGUCCAAGAAGCGAUCACUGGAGGACCUGAAGGCCCGCUUCUACGAUAUUUCGGCCAAACUCAUGAAGCAACGUAUACCAGAAGUCUCAAUGGACGCCGACCAGUACAGUUUAUACGAGAUGCUUACAAAGUUCGACCCGGUUAUGGAACGGAAUCGAAAGAUGCUGGCCACGGCACUCAUCAACCGCACAAUGGACGAGGUCAAAGAGGAAGAGUUCCUACUCACAGAACUCCAACGCAUCAACAUGGCCGCCAACCGACUCGAUGCUGAGCGCGAGGAACUUCGGGCACGAUUGGACGCACCGCCCCAGAACCAGGCAGUCUCCGCAGGGCUACAGGCCUUUACAUCAUCACAAGCCCUCCAGGCUCUCUUCCAGCAGCUAUUUCAGCAGGAUCGCAGCAAGAAACGCGCUUCGGGCGGCGGGACAGGACCUGGCCGCCUCAGCCUCUCCGCAAACGACAUGGUACACACACCCGGCUCGGCACAACAACAACUCUCAGCAGCAAAUCGACGGCAAAGUAUGGCACAGAACCAACAACCCACGGCGCAAACGCCUGUCAAGCACCUCUCUCCACAUCAAGAACAUCGUUUCAACGUAUCAACACAUGACAGACUUACGUCGGGUGUUACGUUUGGUUCCGACAAGCUGCUCAAGAUGCGACAAGCAAAGAGUAACGUUCAGACCCAAAAGAUCGGCCAAAUGCUGGCGGCACUGGGCGUCAGUGAUAUCGUCAGCAUUCCAACGAGUAAGGUCGGUGAGGUGUUUGAGAAUCUUGUCACGAAGGUCAGCAAAUUACUCGACGUACGCAAAGUUCGCGAGAAGGAGGAGGGAGAAUGCAAGGUUCUGCUUGCUAUGAAAGCUCGGCGAAAUGAAAACGGUGAAGCAGAAGGAGAAGGUCAAUUGAAACACGAAGUUCCUGACUCGCAACAAACGCCAGGCGGGGAAGUCGAUGCCGAUGGGGAGAAUGACGACGACGAAGAUGAGGACGAUGUCAACAAAAACUAUGGGGACGACGCCGAGGCAAAUAGGGAUGAUCAAGAAGACGACAACGACGGUGAUAAUCCUGAUGAUGACGCUGAGGGCGAGGAAGAUGAGGGAGGCUUUAAUGGGGAAGACGACGAUGGAGAUGUAGAUGCAGAGGGGGAGGAUGAUAGUAAACAGCAGUCAAGAGCGACUAGUCAAGGUGCAUCGGGACAAGGCCAUAAGAGAAGUGCAAGCGUGUUUUCUCAAGGCAGCGAGGUUAGCAGUAAGAGGGCGAGGAAGUGAGUACCUGACUAGGGGUUUGGUUUAUCUUUUUGCUAGCAUAGCGAUGGCGUUGGAUGGCAAGAAAGGGAAACGUUGGGAUAUGAUAUGGGAUUGGAUAUAGAUAUCGACCAUUGGCAUUGUUAUCCACGAUGCGUUAUCCGUCAUAUACGCACGAAUGUACAACAUCCUCCUACUUAU